AGCGAAUAAAAAGCGACCAUUAGAAAGGUCAAUUCAGCAGCGAGUAUAUUUCAUAUUGUUAUCAGACUAAUACACUAGAGGUCGUUUACUCAUCUCAUACAUAUGUACAUGAUGUUCUCUAUGUACAUAUGUCGAUUCUUAUCUUACCUUGCUUCCCUAUUUGUCUCUCUCUGUCUGUCUGUCACCGCUUCAAACCAUGAUGAGACUUAAACUGAUUUCUCAGUUCUUUCAAAGGGUCGGUAUUAUUUCAUCUACAGGUUAUUUCUUAGCAUCGACACGUGUCUAUGAGUCGUACUAUGCAUAGAUCGUUGUGGGGAGAUGCUUGGUGCUUGUUAUGUAGCUGGCCAUUGGUCGCAUCAGGCCUUCGUCAUAAUAAAAAAUUGUCCAGAGUACGGAUUGAUGUAGCGGUCUGUUUCCUGGCCUUGGAUAAUGCGAACCGGAAAAGAAAAACCACAUACGCAAUAAGAUAUUUCGGAAAAAGAAAUCGUGCUUACGUUUUACAUUUAAGAUUAGAUGCUAUUCCCAUAAAGAACACCAUGUCGUUCCUUAAUGCCUUAAUACCGGUGGGAACCUUGACAAGCCUCGUAGAGGAUAUCUGCAAACAAAUCGACGUCGGUCGUCUUGAGGUCACAGAUGCCCCAUCUAAAAAGAGACCAACUCCCGAGUUAAAUCAGCUCGUUACUCUUCUCGGGCAGAAGUUAAACAGGAGCUUCAAAUCCCACACACUAAUCAUGAUGGACUCCCUUGAAGACUUCUACUUGGACGAAGUAGAGGGCGAAAAGUGUAUCUUCUGCAUAAGAAGAAAUCAAUCUGGACCGGCCAUUUGGACGGAUAUGAUCAGAGAGUGCCGCAUCGAAGAAAACAACGUCUCUCUGAUCGAGGAGGGUUAUCUCCACGCCGAAGGUGACGACGGUGGCAUUUAUCUUAUAUUGUGGCCCCUAAAAGAGCCAGAGCCAGAGGAAGGCCUCGCCGCGCAGGGGCCUCCAGAGCAACGAGAUAAUAGACAGUUGGUGGCUCCGCCAGCACAGCAUGAUGCUGCGGAUAAAGCUAUAGAGAUCAGUAGGGCACGAGAAACAAUCACAUUAGAAGACUGUAGGAAACAAUUAGCCUUGUGGGAGAAGCUGGAUAAGGAGAUUAGGAGUCAGCGGAAAAGAGGCAGGGACUUAAUGGCAGCAGAUUCAGCCCCUGAGGAUGCUAUUAGGGUUUACGACGAAGCGGAAGAAACCCCUCAGGAAGAUAUGGCACGAGAGGGGAUAGCGGAACUUGAGAGACGAGUGAAAUUCCUAGUUCAAGGAGCGUCGAAAAAGGCUGGGCUGGCAGCGCGGAACUCUAUCAGCGGGCCUAUUGGUGUCAAUGGGAAUCGGGCAAAGGUCAUACGGUCAGAUGGCAUCACCGAGGUGAUACCCAUAGAGCAUCAGAGCAACAAGAGACGGAAGAUAAGACAUACUAUGUGAAGAGCCAAGUGUAUAUGUUACCGAGCACUAGGCUAUCGUUACUUAUAUCGGUGUAAAUUUGAAGGUAUAAUCUUCCUAUCCGUCGUUUAUGUAUGAAAGCCCUUCGUGCUGCUAUCUAAAAGCUACGAGAAUGUUGGUACGGGGCUCGUCAUCAUUCAAUAAC